AUGGAUAAAGCGCUAGUGAUAUUGGGAAAAUCAACCUACUCGUUCAGCUAUGGCGUCACUGACGGCAGAACUGGAGAUGUUAAACAAGUAUGGGAGUCACGAGAUGGUGACACUGUUCAAGGUCACUACAGUGUACUAGAACCAGACGGAUCUACACGCUCCGUACAAUAUUCAGCUGGACCAAACACAGGAUUUCAAGCCGUUAUUAAUAGAGAAAAUCAAAGACUUGGCGAUGCAGACAUAGGACGUAGUAUACUAGAAGAAAAAGCAAUGAGAGAUUAUGAAAAGUAUUAUGAUUUCUCAGAAGACCCAGAAGAGGACUACUACGAUAGAAGACCAGCAAAGAAACCAUACGAAGCAAACCGAAAGGAAUAUCCUAACAGAAAAAGAACAAAAUAUCCAUCGUAUUCAGAUCAUCCUCUAGACUCUGAACCUAGUGAAUUUGCACACAGCAUUGCUAUCAAACAUCCACGCGAUGAAUUCUCAGAAUUUGAUCCACAAAGUCACGUUGGGUUUAAUUUCGACCCGAAUUGCAAAACAAAAACUAAAAAAGAAAGCUACUUUAAUAGAGACAAUUUGUAUUCAAACAAUGUCGAUCUAGAGUUGAAUAAGAAAUAUCCUCAAUUUCCCCCAGAUUCGUUUAGAGACUCGUACGACAAAUACGCCGAACCAAGUAUCGACUUUGAUAGAUACGUAACAAAGCAUUACGGUAACGGUAACUUUAAGGGGCAUAAAUACGACGACUAUCCCGUCAAACCAUCUGCUUCAGUGAAAUACACUUUUCCAGUGAUACCUGACUUGCCUGCUCCUGAAAAGUAUUACCCAGAUGAUAUACCUCCCAGACCUAAGAAGAAGAGACCCCACAAACCAAGAGAGCCAGAACACCGCUUCCCAAGCGAUGACUUAAAUGAUUACAUUCUAGUUCCUAAGAAGAAACUAAAGAAUACCACGCCUCAUCCCGAUCCCUACGAUUUUAGAACACUCGAUGAUGAUUAUGAACGUCCGCAGUUUUCGAGUAACUUCGAUGACACGUCACAGGAUGACAGGUAUCCAGGUUCCACACGAGGAACUGGGCAGAAGGAGUUGCACAUGCCGUUCACUAGUGGCGGCCAUGACACCGUCGGUAUUGUCGCAAUGCGCCUGCGCCGAGCCACGCGCCGCGAGUGCCACGCGCACGCGCAACUUAUGUCCCUAAUCAGGGACUAG